AACUCGCAGCAUAUCCUGUUUAUUUUUCCUUAGCGAUGGCGGACAAACCACAACACAGACCUCCUCAUGGUAUGGAGCCAUACGAUCUUGGAGGGGAAAAUAAUCUAGGUGCUCUAAGUCAGGAACAACAAGAGAAACUCAAUAAAUUCAAGGUCAAGACACGAAUGGAAAAUGAGAAAUAUCUAAGAGAUCACCCUGAAGUUGAAUGCCUCAUAGCAGGUUUUCUUGGUGAUGUCCUCAGUCAGCGACCAGAACACAUCAAAGAUUUUGCAGCAGAUUAUUUUACCAACCCUGAACUUCCUGAACAGCUCCAACAGCAGUUACAGCUCAGACAAACUCGUAUCAAACAGAACCGUGUUCUCCAGAAAAUCUAACUCUCCUGGCUGUACAUUUGUAUAUAUAUUGUGUGUACAUAUUAUUUACUGUUUUUUACCAUGUUUAUAAGUUUUGUCUCAAUUAAAAUGUUAGAAUCUCUU